CCUUUCAUUGUAUUGACUAUUGACUGUAUACUGUAUCAGAAUACAGAGAAUAAUGUAUAAACCUAAUUUGUCGUGUUAUUGUCUUAGUUCUUAUUAAAAUAUAUUGUAAUAUAUCUUAGUUAAAGCGGAAUUAUGUAUCCCUUUACGUGAACGUGAAAGAAGACAGCCCGUCGAGUGCUACGCGGCCAUUUUACUUGCAAUGCGGCAACGGUGUACGAUCCGCCAUUGGAAACGGCCUGUGUCUUUUUCUAAGUGCAAGAUUUGUAUUGUCGAAUAGCACGACAUAGAAACGAAGGUUAACCAUGUGUGAUUUGAAUAAUGUGCGAACGAUGGAAACCGAAGUGAAGCAGCGCAAUCAAAGAAACAGGCGAAGGGAGCGGGCACAGCGCAUGCAAGCACAGCGAGAGAGUAAGGUGAAGGAUGGGGACAGCGGCGAGGACGAGUCGCCGGCACGAGAGAAGCCGCCUCGUCCCUCGGCCCGCAGGAAGCGCUCCAAGGAGCCGCUCGGGGAGGAGGACAUCAUCGACGGGUUCGCCAUAAUGGCCUUCCGAACCUAUGAGGACCUCGAGGCCGCUGUAAAAUGUGUUUCCUCACCACGCACCAUCGCGCUGUCCACCAAGCCGCGGCUCCCGGUUUCCGAAUCUCCUCGGUGUCACCCGUCCACCGUCACUUCGAUGACUGCUACUGAUACAAAAGGGAUUACGCUGCUUCAAGACCCUGGCACAUCAGAUGACAGCGGGAGAGCAUCAGAACGGCUCACGGGCAGCUCAGUGGCACCUCGCGAUCCUGACUCCUCCCGUGACCGCCUUAGUGACGCCAGUAGCCGCUGUAGUUCCGGAAAAGGCUAUAUCUGUGAUAGUGAAGGCGACGACGACAAGGCAAGCCCAGAAAACAGUAGAAACGCUUCACCAAGAUACCACGAUGCAUCAAUGGAAGAUGCAUCGGAAGCUGGCGCUCUGUUCCGGGUGACAAGCGCGGGCGGCGGCAAGAACGAAUUAGUGGCGCGGGGCGGCAGCGGCGGCGCACUAGCGCUGUCGCGGGCGCCAGUGGGCGGCAGCGCCAGCCCCGCGCCCGCUCCACUGCCGCAACCCGCGCCGUCGCCCGCGCCCGCCGCGCUACCGCCACCCGCGCCACUUCCUCCGCCCUUCCGAGCCGACACGCCGCACCGCAACAACGGUGCACACAUCCCCACGUUGGAGUCACACGCUGCGGCCACACAAGUGCCGCGACCCGUGGCAGGACCGGACACACCCGAGCGGCCCGCCAGCAACAACAAGCUGCAGCCGGGCGCGCGCGCCGCUGCCGACAGCCCCACGCCUGCGCCACCGGCGCCGCCCGCUCCAUCGCCGCUCUUUCCUUCACACACCGCGUACCAGGCGCACGCUGCCGACUAUCGUCAUACAAAUCAUGAGGCGCGCACGGAACCCGCGCCGCCCGAACCGCUCGCCGCGCCUGCAGCUGCUACGGCCACAGCCACGGCCGCCGCACCGCAGCCGCCCGCGCCCUUGGCGCCACUCGACCUGCACGCGACGCGUCCACCACAUCCUACUAGUCUCCCCGGCCGUGGUUCGCACCCACCGCUGAUUGCGCCGCACCCCGUAGUGCCCGGUCACGACGGGCGGGUCGCACCUGUCUCCUCGCACUCUUCCGUUCCUGCCCCGUUCUCUAGCCGCGUGGCCGGCGCGCCCGCGGGUCCGGCGCCGUCAAUCGGCGCCCUGCCGACCAGUCUUCCGAGUCAAUCGCUACCCGGCCGACCCGCCUCUCCGGCGGGACCCGUGUCACGCUCCUACCCCACCCCGACAAUCGGGUCUAGUCAUCAUAUUAAUUCCAGCCUGAGUUCCAGUAUUCCCAAUCACGCUUUGGCGUAUCACAGUCAGUCGAGUUUACAAAAACAUUCCGUACAAUCGGUGUACGCGAGCCGACCUUCUCAUCUGACACCCUUCAGUGUCGCCAAUCAUAUAUCAUCGCAUCAUAUCCAGGCUUCACUGGCGAACCAGCCAACCGCCACGCAUUUGGGCCACCCAAUAAACAGUCAUUCCAUUAUGAACCAUACAAGUCACCUUCCUAUGCAUACUUCCAAUUCUUUACCGAUGUCGUCACCGAAUCACAUCGGUCUGCCUUUUUCGACUGCUCCUGCUACGAUUCCGAACUAUACGCCCAGUAUAAAGCACCCGGGGCUCAGUUUACCUCCUCACUCUAUCCCUCUUGUGCCACCUGUAUCACUACACGCGUCUGUCAAUCACAUAGAUUCUUUGCCGUCGUCUACUGCUCCUGCUGUCGUCACAUCGGUGGCGAGCAGCGGCAAUGUUCCACUGGCACCUUCUGUAGUAGAUUCGAGGCAACCUUCUGUCAUGGACUCGAAACAAAGUUCGAUCUUGGACUCUAGACAACCGCCUGUGAUAGACUCGAGGCAGCCGUCGUUAUUAGACUCGUCAAGACAACCGCCAGUAGUAGUCGACUCGAGGCAAGCACAAUCAGUGGACUCGAGGCAUCAAGCAGCUAACGACCCGCCUGCACGGAGUGAGGCACCGACGUUGUCGUCACUCGCGACAAAUGGCUACCCCCCGCCAGCUGUCUACUCCGGUCCCCCCUAUCCACCACUCUACGCGCCAUAUGCUACUACAUUGCAACACAGUCCCUACCUACCGGCUGCUGCUGCCUCGCCUAGGAAUGCUACUGACACGAGGACGAGUUUAUCAUCAUCACCUCUGGUGGCACCGAAGACGCCUAAAGGUGUCCGACCACACACACCCGGUUCGACAGGAGCAGCUGGCGCGCCACACGCACCUAUCUCGUACUCUCCUCGGGGCCACAGCCCCAGCAGAGAACGCGAAAGCUUCAGUAAUAUCAGCAGCCUGUCGCGCAGCACUCCAGCGUCGGCGCCUGUGUCGUCGGCUGCGGUUGUCUCGUCGCUUGCCCCGCCCCUUGCGGCGUCACACGGCGCACCCCACGUAGCACCUCUCGCGGCACCGCUUGUGCCGCUGGGAGCGCCACUCGCGCCGUCUCUGGUCCCGGGACUGGGCGCACCACUCACCACCCCGCUGGCUGCGCCUACACCGACUCCCGCCGCGCCCAGCGCGCCGCAUCUCGCACACUCGUUGGCGCCCGUGCCUACCGUUCCCAGUAUCAGCUCGAGCGCAAAACCACCUGCGCACUGGGGAGUAACCAGGGCCGGUGCGGGCGAGCGGCCUGCGGCGUUCGCGCCCGCUCCGCCUCUAUUCGGCGCGCCGCUACCACCGCCAAAUCCCAAUCCUUUUUCCGCAGAGUCGCUCUUUCAGACCAGCCCAGGCGCAGAUUUAUUAAGGCGCGAGUUGGACAAUCGGUUCUUAGCGGCGGCAGGCGCUGCAGGCGCGGUGGGCGCACCGGGCGUGGGCGGGGUCUCACGCACAGAGCUCCACCACCACCAGCACCAACACACCCACGUGCACCAGCACCCUCCCACCGGACCACCACACCAUCCUCCGCAUCACCAUCAACUACUCAUGCCACACGCGCCACUGUUCAAGGACGUGGGCAAAAUGCCUUCCCUGUACCGCACGGGCCUUGGCCUCGGUUAUCCGUACACAUCCAGCCUGCUGCACCCCCCUGCGCCCUAUGUGCCUCCCGCGCCGCUCACCACUUACGCGCCCAAGCCCGUAGUGUCAUCUGCAAGCGACCCCGCCACUAAACAACCACCACGCCCCGCUGUCGCGAAGACGGGAAAGUGGAACGCGAUGCACGUACGAAUCGCGUGGGAGAUCUACAAUCACCAGCAGAAAGAGAAAUCUGGCGGCGCUGCUCCCGCCGCCGACAAGGACAAGCUGCGCGCCUUCCCUGCGCCCGCACCGCCGCCACCUUACCGUUCGCCUUACGAGCUGCCGCCCGCGCCCUACUUGCCACAUCACCCGCAUCUAGGUGUAUCUCCGUUCGCGCGGUACGGCGCCGGCGCGUUUCCCGGCGCACCGACCGCGUUCGGUCUGUCGGCAUACGGGCGGGACCUGGCGCUAUCGUCGUCGCUGCACGGCGUGCAUCACGCGCCGCCGCUGCUGCACGACGCGUGGCGGCUGCGCGCGCCCGCGCCCGUCGCCGCCGCGGAGGCGCGCAGGGACCAGGAGGAGCGCGAGCGGGCGCGCCGCGACAGGGAAGAGCGCGAGCGGCGGGACCGCGAGGACCGCGAGCGCAGGAAACAGCGCGAGCGCGAAAUGGAGCGCGUGCGGACGAGGUCGCCACUCCGGAACGGCGCGCCCGAACCUCCCAAGGAUGAGCGUAAGGAGCCGCCGCGACCACCCCCGUCGCUGCCGGCGUACCCCCCACCGCCGUGGGACCCGUACCGCGCCUUCGACCCUCUGCAGCACAUGCGAUUCGCUCCCAUCGUGGAGGCAGCCAUCCGCGCCGAGGAAGAUCGCGCCAAAAUGCUAAGCGCAUACGCGCACCACUCGCAGCUGAAGGCUGGCCCGCUGCUGCACAGGCCGCUGCCGCCACACGGACCGCUGCCGCCGUUGGGCGCGCACGCGUCUCUCGCGCCGUUGCCGCCUCUAGCACCCCCGCUGGCGCCGCUCGCCCCGCUAGACCUCCUCAAGAAAGAGGAGCCGCGAUGAUAGCGCCGCCUCGCGACUUGUACAGACACUAGGGUAAACGACGUUGCAAGUGAGAAUACGACUAAUUUAAAUGUAUAUCGUUUGGUAUUAUCGGUUUAGAAAAUUAAUUUAUUGUAACGUCGCUUGCAAAUGACGGUCGCUAGUCCCUCGCCGCCCUUUCGAAGUAGAGUAAUAAAUAUUAUACGGUUUAUUAGUGGAAUGAGUACGGCGAGCGAGGAGCGGAAGCGGGGCGAAGUCCGCGGGCACUGUGCAAUAUCGGGCACCAGCGGGCGCCGCACUGUACACUACUGCUUGUUUAUUUACAUGAGAAUAUCUAUCCAGUUGUUAUUGUGACCAUUAUUAGUUAAUUAUACAUCAAAUUGCUGAUUAUGUGAAUGAUAGGGUUAUCAGAAUCGCUAUCGAUAUAAUUAUACAUAUUUAUACAUACCUAUAAAUAAAAUGUAAAUAUUAGCUUGUAAAUUAGUGUUAAAAUAUAGAAUCGGUUUAUUUAACGUCUUACAAAGGAAAAAUCCCAUAAAUUAUUAUUGUACCGGGAGUUUAGUUUACACUUCCGUUAAAAAUCUCAAUGGAUUUUCUAUUGUACCAGUGGAGUUUUAUUUAUUUAUUUAUGCUCCUGUCACUGGAGAGAUGUGAACUAAAUCAAUACAAUUUGUGUUACAGCAGUUGAUAUUUCAGUUGAUGCAUUUAAAAGUAUGUGAUAUUAUUGUAUUGUGAAAUACAUUUUGUCUGACUUCAAAAGUAGUGUCUAUUCUCAGGUAAUAUAGAUCUAAUAAUUAUUAUUGCAGUAAUGUUCAAAGUUGUAUAAAAAUAAUUAAUAAAUGGUAACAUUAUUUUUAAAUUUUCGAACAACUGGGCAAUGUUAAAGUAUUAUUUAGCAAAAUCAGGGAACUCGCAUGUGCCAUUUCAACAAUUUAUUAGGGCAUUGAGUCAGACAAAAUUGGGUGUAGAAUCUGUCUUGGUAAGGGCACGUUUUGGUGAUUUGUGUUCUAAAAAUCUCAUAAGUGCGACUCAGAAGUGUAUUAUAGUUUAUACAAAAUCAUUCUGUAUACUAAAAAGUAAAUGAAAGCUUGGUGCGAUUCAGAAAAUACCAUUAA